GUCACAGAGGAGGAGCAGCAAAUAGUUCUGUGGAUUGGGGCUCGGUGAAGGGCUCAAUUCCACUGUGCUGCUCGAGAUGCAGCAAGCUCCCCUGCGGUUGUCACAGACUCUAUGGUCCGCCUUUCGAGCUGCGAAGCCCGCUCACAGACCACUCCCGCGGCGGUUUUCCUCAGUUGUUCGACACUCCCCGCAACGAUGGAACUGUCGAAGGUCGGGUAUAGCUGUUCAAGCUCGAUUUUAUAGCGACACGAAACCAGAAAUCGACCGGAAAGUGGAAGACGCAAAGUCACGUAUCGAGGACAGUCUCGAUGCCCGGGCUGAUCAUGUCGCCGAGGGUGAAAAGAAGCUCAAGGACUUUCAAGAUGAGACCAUCGUCCAUACGAUACCCGAGUCGUCCUCGAUUGUCUACACCAAGACAUCAGAGGAGCAGACAACCAAAAAACCCACGGAUCCACCACCCUCGACAGACAAGAGCCUACCCUCUGACUUUUCCUCCCGCUACUCCCACAUCAGGAGACGAUUUACCGAUUUUAUGGACAAUUUCCAAACACACGUGUUCGUCGCCUCCAGAAGGCUGAACGAUCUGACGGGAUAUUCAGGUAUAGAAGAAUUGAAGCACGAGAUCGAACACCAAGAGUUGGUGGUACAAGAGUCCCGUCGGGCAGUGAAAGAAGCUCGUGGCAAGUACAGUGAAGCAAUAGCCACUCGAAGCCAGACACAACGAGAAGUCAAUGACCUACUGCAUCGAAAACACACGUGGUCAGCCGCGGAUCUUGAACGAUUUACGAGCCUCUACAGGUCCGACCAUGCCAACGAGCAGACUGAAGCCGCGGCGCAGAAUGAGGUCCACGAGGCCGAGGCACGGUACGAAGAAGCUUCGACGAAACUUGCCAGGGCCAUCCUGGCACGGUACCAUGAGGAGCAGAUAUGGAGCGACAAGAUCAGGCAGAUGUCCACGUGGGGGACGUGGGGUCUGAUGGGUCUGAACGUGCUGCUGUUCGUCGUGUUCCAGAUAGCUGUUGAGCCCUGGAGACGGAAAAGGCUGGUCAAAGGGUUUGAGGAGAAGGUCGAGCUCGCGCUGAAAGAGAGAGAUGGAGACAAGCCUACUCUCCAGGCCACCACAGCCACAACCCCCGCCGUGGAACCGAAUGGUGUUGGCGCGGUCGCAGCAAUGUCGACGGAGGACAAAGUCGAAGCUGUCGCCGACAAUAUUGCCGAGCAGAUUGUCGAUGCAGUGUCUGGCACUACCGCAGAGCAACCUGAGCCUGCUGUCGCCUCACAAGCCGUGAUAGAGGAAGCCGCCGAACAGGUAGCUGCUCAAGAACUGGCGGAAGAGGAAGUCGCCCAGGGAACACCGGAGACGAUCAUCCCCGCAGAGCCGGUCCUCGAACCGUCCCGCGCACAGGAAAUCCCGGCGGGAUCGCGCUGGGUUUCUCCCGAGUCGCCGCUGGCCUGGUACGAAGACGCCGUGCGCACGCGGUGGAACGACGAGCAGAAAGUCACGCUCAGCCAGCGCGAGUUGACAACUGUCGCCAUGGAGGGCGUGGCGGGUGGUAUGGCUCUCAUGGGCCUGUUGUUUGUGCUUUUGAGACCGAGAUAAGAAGUGGAAAAGCAGAAAAAAUCUUUCCACGGAGAGAAGGGGGGACAGUCUCCUACCAUGCCUCUCCCUUUUCUUCACUGUAUAUACUUGUAGAAUAAAGAUGGUACAGAAAGAAUUGUUG